CCAAAAUACCGCUGAUAGUUUCCCCAUUUUCUUUUCCUUCUUGUGCGAAUACUUUUGAUCAAUAAGCCCUGCAUCCUCGCCUUUCAUGAUUAGGGAGAUGGCAGCAGAUGGAGUGUUGCAGAGUAGCCAUGUUUCAUGUUCUGGCGUCGUCCCGGCCAUUGAGAACGUGGUAUCAUCCGUCAACCUCGGUUGCUUGCUGGACCUCAAAGCCAUUGCCCUUCGUGCUCGAAAUACUGAAUACAACCCCGAAAGGUUUGCCGCAUUGACGAUGCGGAUAAGGGAAUCCCGAACCACUGCACUUAUAUUCUCCUCUGGGAAGAUGGUCUGCACUGGAGCCAAAACUGAGCAACAAUCCCGCCUGGCGGCCCGCAAGUAUGGUCGGAUCAUUCAAAAGCUUGGUUUUGAUGUCAAGUUCAAGGAUUUCCGGAUUCAGAACAUCGUUGCUUCUUGUGAUCUUCCAUUUUCCGUCAACCUUACACAUCUGGGGAAUUCUCAUUACAAGACUUCAGUAUACGAGCCAGAAUUGUUUCCGGGAUUGAUUUAUCGGAUGAAACAAUCCAGAGUUAUGAUUAAGAUAUUUUCUUCUGGAAAGAUCGUUAUCGCGGGAACUCAUGAUAGAAACGAGAUUUUCAAAGCUUUGGAUAACAUAUAUCCAAUUCUUAUGUCUUUCAGAGUACACAAGUGAGAUUCUUGAAGAAGACUCAAAAAGAUCUGAGAGUAAAUAUAUUAUCAAUUCUUUUUUUUU